GCGGGUAAAAUCCGUGUUGACGGGUUUUGGUUCAGGUUUGGGUUUAAACCGUUCACUACUCACCGGGUUAGGUUUGAGUUUAGAUUGAAGUUGAUAUUAUGGAGUGGAGAGUGAAGAAGUUUAAUUGACAAGGAGGAAUAAGUUUUCAAUUAAUCCAUGUUGUUUAUGAAUAAUUUGUGAUUUGAUUCAAUUUUAUUGAGUUUUCUAGAUUGGUGUUGAACCAUUUGUAUGGUUAAUUUGUGAUUUGCUUGAAUUAUCUAUAA